AUGUUUGACAUACUAGAGGCCGACAUUGUUGUCUUCCAAGAAACCAAGAUCCAGCGGAAGGACCUUCGAGACGACAUGGUCCUAGUUCCUGGAUGGGAUUGCUACUUUAGUCUCCCACGAAUUAAGAAAGGCUACUCUGGAGUGGCUAUCUACACUCGCAAUGCGACCUGUGCUCCCAUACGGGCUGAGGAAGGUCUCACCGGGAUGCUGUGCCCGCCCAACUCAUCGGUCCCAUUUCGGGAUCUCCCUGACGACCAACAGAUCGGCGGCUACCCGACCAUCGAGCAGCUAUCCCAGCUGGAGCUAGAUGCGACCACUCUGGAUUCGGAAGGCCGCUGUGUUAUUCUAGAGUUUCCUGCUUUUGUGCUGAUCGGGGUCUACUGUCCAGCUAAUCGGGAUGAAAGCCGCGACUCCUUUCGUCACAGCUUUCUCGAUGUAUUUGAUGCACGAAUUCGAAACCUAGUUGCUCUUGGGAAAAGGGUUUUUGUCACCGGUGACAUUAAUAUUUCAAGAGGAGAAAUUGACGCCGCCCAUGCAGCCGAGGCUAUUCGGAAAGGUACCACGACGGAUGAUGAGUUCGUCUCUACACCUGCGCGUCGUUUAUUCAACCAGCUGCUGGUUAGUGGAAAGGUAUUAGGCCCGCGCGAUGACGGCCGAGAGCAGCCCGUUCUUUACGAUAUCUGCCGGUUAUUUCACCCAAAUCGCCGCGGAAUGUAUACGUGUUGGGAGCAGAGGAUCAAUGCUCGGCCAGGCAACUAUGGAUCGAGAAUCGAUUAUGUUCUCUGCAGUCUGGACAUGCAAGACUGGUUCUCUGAUGCUAAUAUCCAAGAAGGCUUGAUGGGAUCUGACCACUGUCCUGUUUAUGCCAUAUUUAAAGAUUUUGUUCCAUAUAACGGAAACCAGGUCAACAUCUGCGAUCUAAUGAAUCCCUCCGGGGUAUUUCGCGACGGCGAGCGCCAGGUCGAGUAUACCCCAAAGUUCCUACUCCCGCUCUCGGGACGACUAAUCCCGGAAUUUGAUAAACGGAGAAGUAUUAAGGAUAUGUUCUCUCGCAAACCGUCAACUGUGGAAACAGCCUCUGUAUCGGUAGAACCUUUCAAUGGGGCCACUACUAGCCCUAUAUCUAACCAGCUUCAAGGUCCCAAGGGUACCGUUCGCAAACGAACCGACAGGGCCGACCCUCCUCCGCCAGUUAAACGCACGAAGUCCAUGACCACCCAGACUCCCAUCACGUCUGCUCCUGGCCAGCAAACCCUCAGGGGGUUCUUUAAAUCGAAGAACACCGCUCCGGAAGCAUCCCAAGAUAUUCCUAAUAAGCCCAGUGAUUCCUUUAUUCCACCCACGCCAGCGCCAUCUGUCCCUAAACCAGACAAUAUUGAAACCACCUUUCCCAAUCCGCCUGAGCCCGUCGACACCUCGUUGGAAGAAAAUGACCCCAUUUUUGACCCCAUUGCCAGCAAGGAAGACUGGUCGAAGCUAUUCACGAAGAAACCUCCACCUCAAUGCGAAGGCCACCAAGAAGCGUGUGUUCGAAUGACGACGAAGAAACCAGGAAUCAACUGCGGUCGGGCGUUUUGGAUCUGUCCGCGACCAUUAGGACCCAGCGGGAAUAAAGAGAGGGGGACGCAAUGGCGAUGUCCGACGUUUAUCUGGGCAAGUGAUUGGAAUUCAUCGUAA